GAGUAAAUUGACGAGCUGAUCAUUCAUCAGUCAAUCUCCCCGCCGCGACCUCCUAGGCGUAUCCUUCACCUUCAUGCUCGAUAAGACAUAACCUGCCGACCGCCGGCCCGUAUAUAUCUGCAGACCGACCUCAUGAACUCUAAGCUGUAACUAACUAAGUAUCUCUGACCUCCGCCAUUCACCACCUUGACGGCUCACCAUUUCAACAAGUACCUACUUUGAUGGCUUACUGGUAACAGGACUCUACACAUCUACCAGUGUUCAGGCUUCCCAAAGUAUUGGUGGUUCUAGCGCUUUUGGAUUUGGGAUUAUGUCUGAUCACCAGUUUGGAAAUCAGUUUAUGUGCAGUGUGGUUGCUUCACAUGUGAGUCAUCUACCAACAACAAACCUCAGUUUUGUUUGGAUUGCUCCACCUGCAGGCACAGGCUGUGUGAAUUUCAUGGCUACAGCUACUCACAGGGGUCAAGUUAUAUUCAAGGAUGCCUUAGCACAACAGUUGUGUGAACAGGGAGCUCCAACAGAAGCUCCCUUGCACCCUCAUCUAGCUGAAAUGCAUAGUGACAGCAUCAUCCUACGAGAGGACUUUGACUCUUAUCUUCAGCUAGAAUUGAAUCCCACUUUGUGGUCUGAAUGUAGUAACUGUGAGGUUGGAGAUCAGUGCGGUAUAAUUAUGCAUGGCAAUGCAGUCACUUUCUGUGAGCCAUAUGGUCCAAGAGAACUGACCACCUCCAGCCUUAACACGACUACUGCAUCUGUCCUUCAGUUUUCCCUGGGGUCAGGUUCAUGUCGCUUUAGUUACUCUGAUCCCAGCAUCAUUGUGUCCUACACUAAGAAUAAUUCUGCCGACUGGAGACAGCUGGAGAAAAUUAGAGCACCUUCCAAUGUCAGCACCAUUAUCCAUAUACUCUACCUUCCUGAAGACGCCAAAGGAGAGAAUGUUCAGUUUCAGUGGAAACAAGAAUACAUGCAUGCUGGUGAUGUGUAUGAAGCCUGUUGGGCGUUGGACAACAUUCUGAUCAUAAAUGCUGCUCACAGACAAAUUGUUCUAGAAGACGAUCUUGAUCCUGUGGACACUGGCAACUGGCUUUUCUUCCCUGGGGCCACAGUUAAGCAUAGCUGUCAGUCAGACGGAAACGCCAUUUAUUUUCAUGGAACUGAAGGCAGUGAAUUCAAUUUUGCUACAACCCGAGAUGUAGAUCUUUCCACUGAAGAUGCCCAGGAGCAGUGGGCAGAAGAGUUUGAGAGUCAGCCUAAAGGAUGGGACAUACUUGGAGCUGUCAUUGGUACUGAAUGUGGAACUCUGGAAUCAGGCUCAUCUAUAGUAUUUCUCAGAGAUGGAGAGAGAAAAAUAUGUACUCCCUAUAUGGACACGACUGGUUAUGGGAACCUGAGAUUUUAUUUCAGUAUGGGAGGAACUUGUGAUUCUGGAGAACCCCAUGAAAACAAUGUUAUCCUCUAUGCCAAGAUUGAAGGAAGAAAAGAACACAUCAUGCUUGAUACCCUGACCUAUGCUGCUUAUAAAGUUCCAUCUUUGGUUUCUGUCGUCAUUAGUCCAGAGAUGCAGACUCCUGCAACCAAGUUUUGUCUCAAGCAAAAGACUCAUCAGGGGCAUAAUAUGAAUGUCUGGACUGUCGAUUACUUCCAUGUCCUUCCUGUCCUCUCUUCCACUGUAACUCAUAUGAUACAGUUUUCCAUAAAUCUGGGCUGUGGAACUCAUCAACCUGGUAACAGUGUCAGCUUGGAGUUUUCAACAAAUCAUGGUCGUUCCUGGUCCUUACUUCACUCAGAGUGCCUGCCUGAGAUAUGUGCUGGACCUCAUCUUCCUCACAGCACAGUCUAUGCCUCUGAAAACUAUAGUGGGUGGAGCCGGAUAACUAUUCCCCUUCCCAAUGCGGCAUUAACCGAAAACACGAGGAUUCGAUGGAGACAAAUUGGACCAAUCCUUGGAAAUAUGUGGGCAAUUGAUAAUAUUUAUAUUGGUCCAUCUUGCCUCAGAUUCUGCUCAGGGCGAGGACAAUGCACUAGAAAUGGCUGCAAGUGUGAUCCUGGCUUUUCAGGUCCUGCAUGUGAAAUGGCCUCUCAGACAUUCCCAAUGUUUAUUUCAGAAAGCUUUGGCAACUCAAGGCUCUCUUCUUAUCACAAUUUUUACUCUAUCCGUGGUGCUGAAGUUAGUUUUGGCUGUGGAGUACUCGCAAGUGGGAAGGCCUUGGUUUUUAACAAAGAUGGAAGGCGUCAGCUUAUCACUUCUUUUCUUGACAGUUCACAGUCCAGGUUCCUCCAGUUCACUCUGCGCCUGGGAAGCAAGUCUGUACUAAGUACCUGCAAGGCUCCUGAUCAGCCUGGGGAAGGAGUGUUACUGCACUAUUCAUAUGACAAUGGGAUUACAUGGAAACUACUGGAACAUUAUUCUUAUCUCAACUACCACGAGCCAAGAAUAAUAUCUGUGGAGCUACCAGAAGAUGCAAGACAAUUUGGUAUUCAGUUCAGAUGGUGGCAGCCAUAUCACUCUUCUCAGGGCGAAGAUGUAUGGGCUGUUGAUGAGAUCAUCAUGACAUCUGUGCUUUUCAACAGCAUUAGUCUGGACUUCACAAAUCUAGUUGAAGUGACUCAGUCUCUGGGAUUCUAUCUGGGAAACGUUCAACCAUAUUGUGGCCAUGACUGGACCCUUUGUUUUACAGGAGAUUCUAAAUUAGCUUCCAGCAUGCGUUAUGUUGAAACACAGUCUAUGCAAAUUGGAGCAUCAUACAUGAUACAGUUCAACUUGGUGAUGGGCUGUGGCCAGCAGUUUACUCCUCAUAUGGACAACCAGGUGAAAUUGGAGUAUUCCACCAACCAUGGCCUUACUUGGCACCUUGUUCAAGAGGAAUGCCUUCCAAGUAUGCCUAGCUGCCAGGAGUUUACAUCUGCAAGUAUCUAUCACUCCAGUGAAUUCACGCAGUGGAGGAGAAUCACUGUCCUUUUACCACAAAAAACUUGGUCCAGUGCUACCCGUUUCCGUUGGAGCCAGUGCUACUAUACAGCCCAAGAUGAGUGGGCUUUAGACAACAUCUACAUAGGUCAGCAGUGUCCCAAUAUGUGCAGUGGGCAUGGCUGGUGUGACCAUGGCAUAUGCAGGUGUGAUCCAGGAAAUCAGGGCACUGAUUGUCAUCCAGAAACAUCCUUGCCUUCAACUGUAAUGUCUGAUUUUGAGAAUCCAAAUGGUUUGAAGACUGAAUGGCAGGAAGUCAUUGGAGGAGAGAUCGUAAAACCUGAACAAGGCUGUGGGGUCAUCUCCUCAGGAUCAUCCCUAUAUUUUAACAAGGCUGGAAAAAGGCAAUUAGUGAGCUGGGACUUGGACACUACCUGGGUGGAUUUCGUCCAGUUUUACAUUCAAAUAGGUGGGGAGAGCUCUUCAUGCAAUAAACCAGACAGCAGAGAAGAAGGUGUGUUACUGCAGUACAGCAACAAUGGAGGGAUCAACUGGCACCUACUAGCAGAAAUGUACUUCUCCGACUUCAGCAAACCCAGAUUUGUCUAUCUCGAGCUUCCUGCCGCUGCAAAGACUCCUUGCACUAGAUUCCGCUGGUGGCAGCCAGUGUUUUCAGGAGAAGGUUAUGACCAGUGGGCCAUUGAUGAUAUCAUCAUUUUGUCAGAAAAGCAGAAGCGCAUCAUUCCCGUCAUUAACCCAACUUUACCACAGAACUUUUAUGAGAAACCAGCUUUUGAUUAUCCUAUGAACCAGCUCAGUGUGUGGCUGAUGUUGGCUAACGAGGGAAUGGUCAAAAAUGAAAGUUUCUGUUCUGCCACACCAUCAGCCAUGCUAUUUGGUAAAUCAGAUGGGGACCGAUUUGCAGUGACUCGGGAUUUAACACUGAAACCUGGAUACGUUCUCCAGUUUAAGCUUAACAUUGGUUGCACUAACCAGUACAGUAGUUCUGCUCCAGUUCUGCUUCAGUAUUCCCAUGAUGCUGGCCUAUUCUGGUCACUUGUGAAGGAGGGCUGUUAUCCUGCAUCUCCUGGAAUCAAAGGGUGUGAAGGAAGUUCUCGAGAGCUGAGUGAACCAACUAUCUAUUACACAGGAGACUUUGAGGAUUGGACAAGAAUUACUAUUGUCAUUCCAAGAUCUCUUGCAGCCAGUAAAACUAGAUUUCGCUGGAUCCAAGAGAGCAGUUCUCACAAAAAUGUGCCCCCUUUUGGCUUAGAUGGAGUUUACAUCUCAGAGCCUUGUCCUAAUUAUUGCAGUGGUCAUGGGGACUGUGUUUCUGGAGUCUGUUUUUGUGACUUGGGCUAUACAGCCUCACAUGGAACCUGUGUGUCUAAUGUACCUAAUCACAGUGAGAUGUUCGACAGGUUUGAGAGGAAGCUGAGCCCUCUCUGGUACAAGAUAACUGGAGGUCAGGUUGGGACAGGCUGUGGAACCCUGAGUGACGGAAAAUCUCUUUACUUCAAUGGGCCUGGUAAACGGGAAGCAAGAACAGUCCCUCUGGAUACCGCAAAUAUCAGACUAGUUCAGUUUUAUGUACAAAUUGGAAGCAAAGCUAUUGGUUCUUCCUGCAACAAACCAAGAGCCAGGAAUGAAGGGCUUGUGGUUCAGUACACAAAUGACAAUGGAAUCACCUGGCAUUUGCUGCGAGAACUGGAUUUCAUGUCUUUCUUAGAACCGCAGAUAGUUUCAAUAGAACUGCCUCGUGAAGCUAAAACAUCUGCAACUGCUUUCCGGUGGUGGCAACCCCAGCAUGGGAAACAUUCAUCACAGUGGGCUCUGGAUGAUGUCCUCAUUGGAAUGAAUGACAGCUCUCAGACAGGUUUUCAGGAUAAAUUUGAUGGAUCCGUGGAUUUACAAGCAAGUUGGUACAGGAUCCAAGGGGGCCAAGUAGAUAUUGACUGUCUGUCCAUGGACACAGCUCUGAUGUUCAACGAAAACAUUGGAAAACCUCGUUAUGCCGAGACUUGGGAUUUCCAUGUGUCAGCCUCCACUUUCUUGCAGUUUGAGCUGAGCAUGGGCUGCAGCAAACCAUUCAGCAACUCCCAUGGCAUUCACCUGCAGUAUUCUUUAAACAAUGGGAGAGACUGGCACUUGGUGACUGAGGAGUGUGUCCCUCCAACCAUUGGAUGCCAGCAUUAUACUGAGAGUUCAAUUUACACAUCAGAAAGGUUCCAGAACUGGAAGCGAAUUACAGUCUACCUUCCACCUGCAACCAUCUCUCCCAGAACACGGUUCAGAUGGAUUCAGUCUGACUACGCUCCCAGUGCAGAUUCUUGGGCUAUUGAUAAUAUUGUCCUGGCCACAGGAUGUCCUUGGAUGUGCUCAGGCCAUGGGAUCUGUGACACAGGCCGCUGCAUAUGUGACCGCGGUUUUGGAGGUCCAUAUUGUGUUCCUGUUGCUCCUCUGCCUUCUGUUCUGAAAGAUGAUUUCAACGGUAACUUGCAUCCUGAUCUUUGGCCUGACGUCUAUGGUGCCGAGAGGGGAAACUUGAAUGGAGACACAAUCAAAUCUGGAACUGCUCUCAUUUUUAAAGGGGAAGGACUGAGAAUGCUUAUUUCAAGAGAUCUAGAUUGCACUAAUACUGUGUAUAUCCAGUUUUCAUUUAAAUUUAUAGCAAAAGGUACUCCAGAGAGGUCACAUUCCAUUCUGCUACAAUACUCCAUUAACGGAGGCAUCACCUGGCACCUAAUAGAUGAGUUUUACUUCACUCAAACUACAGAUGUUCUCUUCAUUAAUGUUCCAUUACCAUACACAGCACAAACCAAUGCUACCCGUUUCAAGCUCUGGCAACCUUACAACAAUGGCAAGAAAGAAGAAAUCUGGAUUAUCGAUGACUUCAUUAUUGAUGGGAACAACCUAAAGAGUCCUUUUAUCCUUCUGGAUACAUUUGAUUUUGGCCCUAAAGAAGAUAACUGGUUUUUCUAUCCUGGUGGGAAUAUUGGGCUUUAUUGCCCAUAUACUUCAAAGGGAGCACCGGAGGAAGAUUCUGCUAUGGUAUUUGUUUCAAAUGAAGUUGGAGAACAUUCCAUUACAACAAGGGAUCUGAGUGUGGACGAGAAUACUAUCAUCCAAUUCGAGAUCAAUAUUGGAUGCACCACAGACAGCUCAUCUGCUGACCCAGUGAAGCUCGAAUUCUCACGAGACUUGGGGGCAACCUGGCACAUGCUUCUGCCACUCUGCUACAGUAGUAGCAGCCAUCUCAGCUCGCUAUGCUCCACUGAGCAUCAUCCAAGUAGCACGUACUAUGCUGGUACAACUCAGGGCUGGCGAAGAGAGGUAAUUCACUUUGGAAAACUGCACCUAUGUGGAUCAGCAAGAUUCAGAUGGUACCAGGGAUUUUAUCCUGCUGGGUCACAACCAGUAACUUGGGCUAUUGAUAAUGUCUACGUUGGCCCACAGUGUGAGGAGAUGUGUAAUGGUCAUGGCAGCUGUGUCAAUGGAACUAAAUGUAUCUGUGAUCCAGGCUAUUCUGGUCCCACCUGUAAAAUAAGCACCAAGAAUUUGGACUUUCUCAAGGAUGAUUUUGAAGGUCAGCUAGAAUCUGAUAGGUUCUUGCUGGUGAGUGGUGGAAAACCAUCAAGGAAGUGCGGUAUCCUGUCUGGUGGAAACAACCUCUUCUUUAAUGAAGAUGGCUUGCGUAUGCUGAUGACUCGAGACAUGGAUUUGUCCCAGGCAAGAUUUGUGCAGUUCUUCAUGAGACUGGGAUGUGGCAAGGGAGUUCCAGACCCCAGAAGCCAACCUGUACUUCUACAACAUUCACUUAAUGGGGGCCUCACAUGGAGCCUGCUUCAAGAAUUCCUCUUCAGUAAUUCAAGCAAUGUAGGCCGAUACAUUGCCAUGGAAAUUCCCCUGAAGGCCCGUUCCAGCUCCACUCGUCUCCGCUGGUGGCAACCAUCUGAGAAUGGGCAUUUUUACAGCCCAUGGGUAAUUGAUCAGAUACUUAUUGGUGGAAACAUCUCUGGUAACACAGUCCUAGAAGAUGAUUUCACCACACUGGAUAGCAGAAAGUGGCUGCUCCAUCCAGGUGGAACAAAGAUGCCAGUGUGUGGUUCUACUGGAGAUGCACUGGUUUUCAUCGAAAAAGCUAGCACCCGUUAUGUUGUCACCACUGACAUUGUGGUUAAUGAGGAUUCUUUCAUGCAAAUAGAUUUUGCAGCCUCCUGCUCUGUCACAGAUUCCUGUUAUGCUAUUGAGCUGGAAUAUUCUGUGGAUCUUGGAUUAACAUGGCACCCCAUGUCGAAAGACUGUCUUCCCACUAAUGUAGAAUGCAACAAGUACCAUCUCCAAAGGAUUCUGGUAUCAGACACUUUCAACAAAUGGACCAGGAUUACGUUACCUCUACCUCCCUAUACAAGGUCUCAAGCAACUCGUUUCCGCUGGCACCAGCCAGCUCCAUUUGACAAGCAGCAAACAUGGGCUAUAGACAAUGUCUACAUUGGAGAUGGCUGUAUAGAUAUGUGCAGUGGCCAUGGGAGGUGCACACAAGGCAACUGUGUCUGCGAUGAACACUGGGGUGGGCUCUACUGUGAUGAGUCUGAGACAUCCCUUCCAACACAACUUAAAGAUAACUUCAACCGAGCUCCAUCUAAUCAGAACUGGCUAACAGUAAAUGGGGGGAAAUUGAGCACAGUCUGUGGAGCAGUGGCCUCUGGAAUGGCUCUUCAUUUCAGUGGGGCUUGUAGUCGUUUGCUAGUUACAAUGGAUUUGAACCUCACUAAUGCAGAAUUCAUCCAGUUUUAUUUCAUGUAUGGAUGCCUGAUAACUCCUAACAAUCGGAACCAAGGAGUUCUGCUUGAGUACUCUGUGAAUGGAGGAAUUACCUGGAACCUCUUAAUGGAAAUCUUCUAUGACCAGUUCAGCAAACCUGGCUUUGUGAACAUUCUUCUUCCCCACGAUGCCAAAGUGAUUGGCACCCGUUUCCGUUGGUGGCAACCAAAACACGAUGGUUUGGAUCAGAAUGACUGGGCUGUUGACAAUGUGCUGAUAUCUGGCUCAGCAGAUCAGAGGACGGUGAUGUUAGACACCUUUAGCAGUGCUCCAUUGCCACAGCAUGAACGUUCCCCAGCAGAUGCUGGCCCCACAGGAAGGAUUGCUUUUGAUAUGUUUAUGGAAGACAAAACUACAGUGAAUGAACACUGGCUGUUCCAUGAUGAUUGCUCAAUUGAAAGAUUCUGUGAAUCUCCUGAUGGGGUUAUGAUCUGUGGUAGCCACGAUGGCAGGGAAGUUUAUGCAGUUACCCAUGACCUAACUCCUACAGAAGGCUGGAUUAUGCAAUUCAAGAUUUCUGUUGGAUGUAAAACUUCAGAAAAAAUUGCACAGAACCAAGUCCACGUGCAGUAUUCCACUGACUUUGGUGUGAGUUGGAGCUAUUUAGUACCUCAGUGCUUACCUGCUGAUCCAAAAUGUUCUGGGAGUGUUUCACAGCCCUCUGUCUUCUUUCCAACAAAAGGAUGGAAAAGGAUAACGUAUCUACUGCCUGAAAACCUUGUGGGCAAUCCAGUGAGGUUUAGGUUCUAUCAAAAAUAUUCAGAUAUGCAGUGGGCCAUUGAUAAUUUCUAUCUGGGACCUGGUUGCUUAGAAAACUGUAGAGGCCAUGGUGACUGCUUGAAAGAACAGUGCAUCUGUGAUCCUGGGUACUCUGGACCAAACUGCUACCUAACCCAAUCUCUGAAGACUUUCCUGAAGGAACGCUUUGACAAUGAAGAAAUUAAACCAGAUUUAUGGAUGUCCUUGGAAGGUGGAAAUGCUUGUACUGAAUGUGGAAUUCUAGCAGAGGAUACAGCUCUGUAUUUUGGAGGCACUACAGUAAGACAAGCUGUCACACAAGACCUGGAUCUGAGGGGUGCCAAAUUUCUACAGUAUUGGGGAAGAAUUGGGAGUGAAAACAACAUGACAACCUGUCACAGACCAACAUGCAGGAAGGAGGGAGUUCUGUUAGAUUAUUCAGUUGAUGGAGGAAUAUCUUGGACCUUACUUCAUGAGAUGGAUUAUCAGAAAUACGUCUUGGUCAGGCAUGACUACAUACUCCUCCCCGAACAUGCUCUAACCAAUACAACUCGCCUGCGCUGGUGGCAGCCAUUUGUAAUUAACAGUGGCAUUGUGGUUUCAGGCCCAGAUCGUGCUCAGUGGGCACUAGAUAACAUACUCAUUGGAGGAGCUGAGAUCAAUCCCAGUCAACUGGUAGAUACAUUUGAUGACGAAGGCACUUCCCAUGAAGAAAACUGGAGUUUUUACCCUAAUGCAGUCAGGACUGCAGGGUUCUGUGGCAACCCAUCAUUUCACCUCUACUGGCCAAAUAAGAAAAAGGACAAGACACACAAUAUCCUGUCCUCCAGGGAACUCAUUAUACAACCAGGAUACAUGAUACAGUUUAAAAUUGUGGUUGGCUGUGAGGCAAUUUCUUGUGGGGACCUCCACUCUGUCAUGCUGGAGUACACCAAGGAUGCCAGGACAGAUUCAUGGCAACUUGUCCAGACACAAUGCCUUCCUUCCUCAACUAAUAGCAUUGGCUGCUCCCCAUUUCAGUUCCAUGAAGCUACCAUCUAUAAUUCUGUCAACAGCUCUACGUGGAAAAGAAUAACUAUUCCACUGCCUGAUCAUGUCUCAUCCAGUGCAACUCAGUUCAGGUGGAUUCAAAAAGGAGAAGAAACAGAGAAACAAAGCUGGGCCAUAGAUCAUGUGUAUAUUGGAGAAGCCUGCCCAAAACUCUGUAGUGGUCAUGGAUAUUGCACUACUGGAGCCAUUUGCAUUUGUGAUGAAGGAUACCAAGGUGACGACUGCUCUGUUUUUAGCCAUGAUCUUCCCAGUUACAUUAAAGAUAACUUUGAAUCUGAAAGAGUCACUGAAAUAAACUGGGAAACCAUUCAGGGUGGAGUCAUAGGGAAUGGGUGCGGACAGCUGGCACCAUAUGCCCAUGGAGAUUCACUGUAUUUUAACGGAUGUCAAAUAAGGCAAGCUAUAACUAAACCUUUGGAUCUCACACGAGCAAGCAAAAUAAUGUUUGUUUUACAAAUUGGGAGCAUUUCGCAAACAGAUAGUUGCAAUACCAACCUGAGUGAUCCUAAUACUGUAGACAAGGCAGUGCUACUGCAGUACAGUGUAAAUAACGGAAUAACAUGGCAAGUAAUUGCACAGCAUCAGCCAAAGGACUUUAUACAAGCCCAAAGAGUGUCUUAUAAUGUUCCACUGGAGGCACGAAUGAAAGGAGUCUUAUUGCGCUGGUGGCAGCCCCGUCACAAUGGAACAGGUCAUGAUCAGUGGGCUUUGGACCACGUAGAAGUCGUCCUCACUCGCAAACAAAAUUACAUGAUGAAUUUUUCACGGCAACAUGGGCUCAGGCAUUUCUACAACAGAAGACGAAGGUCACUUAGACGAUACCCAUGAAGAAAUGAGAAAUUUAUUUUUUCCUCCCAACAUGUGAUGUGUUGCUUUCCAUUCUUUAAAUCUAGCACUGCGUCUGGUAUCAGGACUUUUCCACAACAGGCUUGGUGAAAAGCUGAAAGCCUUUCUCAAGACAGAGUGUACACCACUUUUUCGCACUGUGAACUAAUGAGAAGUGACUUAUUUUCUCAUAGGUAAAUGUUUUAAUGUUGACGUGUCUGUGAAAAAUUGUGAUCUGUUGUAAUAUCAGUUACAGUGGCAGUAUUGGAAGUAAGAAACUAAUUCUGUUUAACAGGAAAAAAAAAUUUAAGCACAAAGACUUUUCAGAUGUUAUGUUUAAAAAAACUACAUAUUAAGUACAGUAUUUAACAUUCUUUGUCACAUAGCUAUUUAAGUGCACUGUAUUUCAGCUCUGUGUCAUAUUUUAUAUGAUUAAGUUAUCAUUGUUUGUCUUUGUAUUCUCUUCUACAACAUGACACAUUGGCACUGUAUUUACUUGUUAUGUUGUUGUAAUAUUUUGCUGCUGAUUUUUGGGCUAUUUUUCAUUCUGAUAACAUGCAUAAAAGAAACUGAAAUAUCUAAUCAAGUUAAUUGCAAAAGUAGUUAUAUAAAGACGUUGAUAUCCUGCAGUCUUACUCUUUGAUAUGUCUGUUGGUUAGCAUUGUUUUGUGGAUAAAAAGAAUGUUUGGCAUUAAAACUUUUUCUACUAAGCAGCUGUGGAUGAAGCCCCAAACAGAAGUUCCCAUUUCCUUGUUUAAAAGUAAUCAGUUCUCUGUGGCUGAUUUACUUACAGUAACUGCCAUUUGGUGUCUGUGGUAAUGGAGUGACUUGUAAGCAGUGAACGUUUCAUCGUGUUCUAUUUGGUGUUUGUUUCUAUUGCGGGUCAUGUUUGUAUCUUCUGAUAAAGUUGUACCUACACCAGCAACAUUAUAAUGCCCCUAUAGCCCUAAACUGUCUAUUAUCAUAAAUAAAAUGUUUCACUUUAUGGUGAACCAAGCUAAAGAUCCAUGCUUCAAUAAAGAUAAUG